GACAUCAAUCAAACCCUAAACCCCUCUGCUCUCCCUCUCGCGCCGCCGCCAUGUCGCCGCCGCAGCCGCCACACACGGUGCCCCGAGAGACGGUGGCCAGCGCCGUCGCCUCCCUCACCAAGUGGAUGAAGAAGCGCGCCGCGGAGGCGCGCCCGAACCUCCUCGCCGACGAGCGCGACGACCUCGUCGUCCUCCAGCUCUCGCUCCGCCGCGUCCCCGCCUCGCGCAGCACCAGGCCACGCCUCCUCCCGCUGCCGCAUCCCGUCGUCGGGCACGACGGUGCCUCCGUCUGCGUCAUCUCGGACGACCGCCCCAAGUCGCGGUCCCCUUCCGCCUCCGACCUCCUCCACGCGUCCAAGUCGCUCCACGGUCUCCCCGUCUCCGAGGUCAUCCCGCUCUCCACGCUCCGCACGGACUACCGACCCUACGAGUCGCGCCGCCGCCUCGCGGCCUCCCACGACCUUUUCAUCGCCGACCGCGCCAUCCUCCCGCUGCUGCCUCGCGUCCUCGGGAAGGCGUUCUACUCCACCAAGAAGGCUCCGAUUGGAGUCGAUUUCACCCGCGUCGGUUGGCCGGAGCAGGUUCGCAAGGUCCUUGGCUCUGCUUUUCUCUACCUGCGCUCGGGGACCUGCUCGGGGAUCAAGGUGGGUAGGCUGGACAUGGAGGAAGCGGAGAUCGUGGACAAUGUGAUGGCCACGGUGGAGGAGGCUGUCGAGAAGGUGCCAAAGAAGUGGGCCAACGUUAGGGCGCUGCAUCUGAAAGCUGUGGAUUCAGUUGCCCUACCAAUUUACCAAGCUGUGCCGGAGUUGGGUAUGAAAAUCGAGGUGCCUGAAAUUGUUGGGUCUGCGGAGGUCAUUGAUGCUGCAGAAGCGGAGACUCGCGGGAAGAAGAGUGACAAGAAGAAGGCGAAUGAUGGUGCCAGUGGAAGAGUGAUAUUUGGCAAUAUCAGUGCCAAGAGGAAGAGGAAUAAAAAGGAGCAGAUUGAGGAGGAUGUUGUGAUGCAGGAAGAAGUUCAGGUGGAGACAGAGAAAAAGAAGAGGAAGAGCACUGCGGUUUCUGCCGAUGACAGUCAGAAGGUUGACAAGAAGGGGAAAGAGAAGGGUAAGCGUGGUUUGGAAAAUGAGAAGGUUGACAAGAAGGGGAAAGAGAAGGGUAAGCGUGGUUUGGAAAAUGAGGUGAAAGAAGCCAGUUUGGACAAGAAGAAGAUUAAGAAAGGGAAGACUGAGGAGAGGAAGAAGAAGAAGAGCAUGAAGGGUGAUGGUGAAGUUGGUACUGAUGAAAUACAGGAAGAUAAGAAGAUCAAGGGGGAGAAAUCGGAUGGCAAGACCAAGAAGUUGAGGACCAGGGCUGGUUAUUCAAAGUAUCAAUGAAUUGAGUUAGUUAUAAUUGGUAUCAGCCUGAAGAACCAUACCAGGCUUUACUUGAGAAGACCACCUAUCACUUAUACCGCAGAACUUGGGUUCCCCAGAGAUUUCUCCUGAAGUUGUUUCUUCAGUUUUGUUAGCUUAGUAGCUCAAGCCUUUGUGUUAAGUAUGGCGAAACUGUUUCUUGCUAAGACUGUACUUCGCUCGACUUGCAACAAUUUUGUGUUGAUUUUCUAAGAAUAUGCUUAUGUUGUCCUGCUCUCUCUGAAUCCAUUUGUCUCCUUAAUAACCAUGUCACUGUUGUCCAGAUUUGAGCUAGUUUUGUUAUCCUUUGUACAUGUAUUAUGAACCAUUACCAUCGUCUUCAUGGUGAUUGAUGAUACUCUUAGUUUUGUGGGCAAUUGGGUUA